AGUGACGCAAAGGCGGCUUUGGUAACGGGCGGGAUUUUCAAAAUGGAGCCCCUCAAGGAAGGGGUUUCUCCCCGACCCCCGUAGCGGGGAGGGAGAGGCCUGCGGAGCGGCAACGGUGGCGAAAGAGACGCGCAUUACCCCGGCCAUGUGGUAGCUUAUAGGAAAGGAAGAGAGUGACGCGGGGAAGAGCGAGCGCCGCCGCCGCCAUGGCGACCUGCAUCGGCGACAAGAUUGAGGAUUUCAAGGUGGGGAACCUUCUGGGGAAGGGCUCCUUUGCAGGAGUCUACAGAGCAGUAUCCCUGAAAACAGGCCUAGAAGUUGCCAUCAAAAUGAUUGACAAAAAGGCUAUGCACAAAGCUGGAAUGGUGCAAAGAGUUCAAAAUGAAGUGAAGAUACAUUGUCAACUAAAACAUCCCUCUAUACUUGAGUUGUAUAACUACUUUGAAGAUAGCAACUACGUGUACCUGAUACUAGAGAUGUGUCACAAUGGGGAAAUGAGCAGAUAUUUAAAGAACAGAAAGACCCGUUUUUCUGAAGAAGAAGUUCGGAACUUCAUGCACCAGAUUAUUACAGGGAUGUUAUAUCUUCAUUCCCAUGGAAUAUUACACCGGGACCUUACACUCUCUAAUCUUUUACUCACCAACAAUAUGAACAUCAAGAUUGCUGACUUUGGACUUGCAACCCAACUGACAAUGCCUCAUGAAAAGCAUUACACAAUGUGUGGGACUCCUAAUUACAUUUCUCCAGAAAUAGCCACAAGAAGUGCGCAUGGGCUUGAGUCUGAUGUCUGGUCCUUGGGCUGCAUGCUCUUUACUCUUCUGGCCGGAAGACCACCUUUUGAUACUGAUACAGUAAAGAACACCUUGAACAAAGUGGUGCUGGCAGAUUAUGAAAUGCCAGUGUUUUUGUCAGAAGAGGCUCAAGACCUUAUUCACCAGUUGCUUCGUAAAAAUCCAGCAGAUCGUUUAAGCCUUUCAUCUGUAUUGGAUCAUCCUUUUAUGUCCAGGUGUAGCUCAGCAAGAAGCAAAGAUUCAGGAACUGUAGAGGAUUCAAUGGACAGUGGAAAUGCCACCAUUUCUACUGCUUCUACUGCCUCUCCCAGUGUCAGUACAAGUGGCUGCUUAAAGGAGAAGAAAAGACUUCUAGGGGGUCAGCCACUUCCCAACAAAAUGACCAUUCUUCCUAAAAAUAAGAAUGCCAGUGAAGUCUCAUCUGGCUAUGGAAGUAGUUCCCAUAACAACUGGGGACUCCCAGUAAAAGAAAUGGGAAAUACUGGUAGGGGAAGAGCAAUGCAGCUGAUUGAAGAAAGACCGCAUUCGCGCUACCUCAGGAGAGCACACUCCUCUGAAAGAUCCGGCACAUCCCAUAGUCAGAGUCAAGGAGUACUGAAUAAUGUGGAGAGAUGCCAUUCCCUGGAAAUCCUCUCAAAGUCCAGAGGAGGACUAAUAGGAAACAGGAAGGAUUUUUCACCUGCAAAUAGCCAUGGUGAUAUUCCUACUGUAUUUAAAGAAAAAUUUCCGACCAGCUCUGGCUCAAUGGAAAAGAAUCUGUCUCCACCUGUGAAAGAUCAAGCUCAUUCAAAUUAUCUCUGUCCAAUGAAGCCCAGCGUUGGUUUAUUAGAACCGAAGUCCCAAGCUGAAACAAUGCAGCAGUGGCUUGGAAAUAUGCAACUAAAUGCUCAGAUGCAGGAACCUUUAUAUGACAGUAGUGGAGAUUUUCGAUUCCAUCUUGGUGUGCCUCAAGAAACACUGAAAAAUGCAUGGAAUGGCUUAAAAUGCAGAAGACCCCCUGAAUCUGCACAACCAACAGCACCAGCUGUAGGGCCACUGGACACAAGGAAAUACACUGCUGAGAAGGCUCUGCCAGCACCUGCAUUUGGUCUCCAUCUAGCGUCUGAAAGCAGAAGGAAUGGGGGCAAAGAGCCACAAUAUGGACUUCCGAAACCUGCACUGCAAAGUGUUGUAUCACCUCUGAAUGCUCACAGACUAAAGCCAAUUAGGCAAAAAACAAAAAAUGCAGUGGUGAGUAUUCUAGAUGCAGGAGAAGUAUACAUGGAAUUUCUAAAAGAAUAUAAUUCGCAAGAGUUUGUAAAAGAAGUUCUGAGGAUAUCUUGUGAUGGAAGUGCAGUCACAGUUUACCACCCAAAUGAAGGAAAAGGCAUCCCUCUGAAUAAUAGACCCCCACCACCUCCUGAGGACUCAAAUAUAUAUAGUUUUGGCAACUUGCCAGAGAAGUACUGGAAAAAGUAUCAGUAUGCUGCCAAAUUUGUGCAGUUGGUAAGAUCCAAAACUCCCAAAGUCACCUUCUAUACAAGAUAUGCCAAGUGUAUGUUGAUGGAAAACUCCCCUCCUGCAGAUGUGGAAAUUUGUUUUUAUGAUGGGGCAAAGAUCCACAAGACAGCGGGCGUAAUUAGAGUAAUAGAAAAAUCUGGAAAAGCCUACACUAUAAAAGAGAGUAAAAUUGGUUUAGAAAAGGAUAUACAAAUAUAUGUGGAUCAUGCAAAUGAGGGACACCGCAUUUGUCUUGCACUGGAAUCUGCAAUUUUGGCAGAAGAAAGAAAUGGAAGUGUUCCAUUUUUUCCCAUUAUUGUUGGGCGGAAACCAGGAAAUCCUGAGUCUCCAAAGGCUUUAGUGCUCCCUCCUACUUUGCCAGAUACAAGCCCUUCUUUGGCGGAAAUAGCCUUGAUGAAGAGAGAUACCGCCACCAGCUCUGAUGCUUCAAGUGAAGUGCCUAACAUUAAUCCCCCAAUAUUGGCCUAUGAAGGAUCUGCAUUUACAUCAGCAACAACUGAAUCAAGGAGCACCCUAAGUCACCCAAAUGAGAGUGCUGUAAAUUCAGCUCAACUGUUAAAGUCUGUCUUUGUAAAGAACGUUGGCUGGGCUUCUCAGCUGACUAGCGGAGCAGUAUGGGUUCAGUUUAAUGAUGGAUCCCAGUUGGUAGCUCAAGCUGGCGUUUCCUCCAUCACAUAUACAUCUCCAGCUGGUGACACAGUGAGGUAUGGAGAGAAUGAAAAAUUGCCAGAGUACAUCAAAGAGAAGUUGCAUUGUUUAUCUUCCAUUCUGGUCAUGUUUACCAAUCCAGCUGGUCCGCACUGACAAACUUGGAACAUGAAGGCUAAUAACUUGGUGGUGAUGAAAUUACCUACUGUGAUGGCAUGAAGCAGAGCUUCUUCAAUGAACUCGGACGUUCCUGACUGGUUAAAGCAUAUGACCAUAAGAGUUGCUGUGUUCUGCUUAGCUAAGCACUUGUAAAGCUUUUUAAAAUAUGACCAAUCAAGGCCAAAUUACUUGCAUUUUUAUAUAAUGGAUUAUAGAAACUGCUGUGACCACUGGUGCUUGUUACUUUCCAUGAAGGGAGUCUGAACUCUGUGUGUGUGUUUGUGUGUUAUUCUCUACUGUUCUUAUAACUCUGGCAUCAAAGCACAUCUCUGCAGUUACAGUAUUUGUGCCUGUAAAUACUUUGUAUUUUAUGUUACUUUCAGCUGAAAUGUAAAGUGUAUUGUUUUAUAAUUUUUAUAUUUUUCUGUUUUUCUAAUGAUAUAACCCUGCAAAGAACCUUUAAAAAAUAAAUGCAGUGGUAACUGUUCA